AUGCGGGUCAGUGGUACCCUCGCUUCUGGCACAAUGGUACCCCGGUCCGCCCGGGGGCGAAUCCAUCCCACCCAUCGUGCGAGACUCAUGAAUUCAUUGCGCAUUUACUGGCUGCGUUUCUCCACCAAGCCCUCUGCGAAGCUAGAACCGCAGGGGACAGAUUGCGCAGUUACGUCCCAACGAAAUCGGCACUCAAGCACCAGCAAGUGCAUGCUUCACUGGACAACGUCUCUGACGGCAUCUGAGCCUGCUCCGAUGCUGCAUAUGGUCCCACCGCACUCGGAGAGCUUCUUUGUUCCAGCUGCCUUCCGUGCCGAAGUGGACACGACAGGCGCGUGGGUCUAUGCCCAGGACGUGGAAGGCAAGCCUGGGUGGAUCUGCCGGCCGGGUGCCACGGGGUCCAUCUCCUUCCAGCUCGAAACGGUAUUGGGCGAUGUGUACCUGGAGUACCUCCAGAGCUACGACAACAUUGGCAGCGUUACCUGCCGCAUCGAUGACAGCGCUGACGUGUUCCUAGAUGCACUGAUUCAAGAAAAGGUUUCAGCUCAAGCGUUUGUGCCGAUUGCGACGAACCUGAGCGCUGGAAAGCAUACUCUAUCUUGUCGCUCAAGCGGUCAGAAGUUCAAUCUAUUGUCAUUAAGGGCCUGGGUGGGCGGAUUUUCCUUGCGUUAG